AUGAAAAACCAAACCCAAGCCUUCCACCAUCUCCUUCCAUUAGACUUCGACAACGUUUCUACACUGCCUGACUCUCAUGCAUGGUCGACAAAAAUUGACGAUAUGUGUCACCUCCUUAUUGGCGACGGUAAAUCAUUGCUGCCCAUCAUUGAUAUCGGCGAGCCGGAUGCGUAUGACCUCGUAAGAGAUGCCUGUGAGCAAUGGGGAGCUUUUCAAGUCAUCAACCAUGGCGUUCCGUUGAGUUUAUUUUCUGAAACCGAGUUCCAAGCUCGGCGGCUGUUCUCGCUGCCCAGGGAACUGAAGCUGCUCGUUGCACGACCACCAUCGGGAAUCAUUGGAUAUGGCAUGGCCCGUAUCUCAUCCUUCUAUCCUAAGUUGAUGUGGUCUGAGGGUUACCGCAUGAUGGGGUCACCAGUGGAACAUGCUCGCCAACUUUGGCCUCAAGAUCAUGCCAAAUUCUGCGAGGUGAUGGAACAAUGGCAGGAAAAGAUGAACUUGAGCGAGAAAAUAGUGGCAAUGAUGCUUGGCUCAUUGGGUUUAACCCAUGAAGAAGAUAUGCAAUGGUUCGAACCCAAAAAUGGGAGUGACCGAACCAAAUGUGUGCUUCAACUGACCUCGUACCCAGUGUGCCCCGACCCUGACCGAGCCAUGGGGUUAGCCCCUCACACGGACACAUCCCUCAUCACUUUGCUAGACCAGGGUAACAUCAAUGGCCUCCAAGUUUAUAAAGAUGGUGAGGGGUGGGUCGCUGUUGAGCCAGUGGAGGGAGCCUUGGUGGUCAAUCUUGGUGAUUUGAUGCACAUUGUCAAUGGCAAGUUUAAGUCCGUCUUGCAUCGUGCGGUAGUGAAUAAGACGCACCACCGCGUGUCAACUGCGUUCUUCUAUGGGCCGCCAUGGGAUGCCAAGGUCUCACCGUUGCCAAAGUUGGUUGAUUUUGAUCAUCCGAAGCUGUAUCGGUCGGUGAUGUGGGAGGAGUAUCUUGAAAUCAAGAAGUGCGACUUUAGAAAAGCACUUGAGUCAAUUCGUCUUUGAAAUUUAGAUUA